AUGUAUGUUCACUUGGCUCUAAAAACUGUGCUGGUUUUGUACUUGGUAAAAGAUGACUGCAUAACUGCUACAACUUGCCCGAAGGAGACGGUCAAUGUAAAGGCUACUCUCGAACCUGGAUGGAACUACGAGAUCAAAAGUCCUGGUUUUCCAAACAAUUACCAGCCUAACCAAACUUGUACUUGGAGGGUAUUUUUCCCUGAUUCUAUGGAGAACCUGCGCGGAAAAUAUAAAAUAAUCUUGGUGUUUGACGCAUUGGAAAUAGAACCUUGUACGAGCUGUUCGUGUGAUUGGUUGUCGCAUACUCACAGAGAAAAAUAUUUACCAACAACCUCUAAUAGAAAAUGCACAUUGUACUCCAAAAAUGUCAUUGCCACUCUAAACGAAACUGAUCCCAGAGAUAUUCGCAUUAACCCAGAUUCAAUGACUUUUGACAAUGAAUAUUGGCUACAAUUUCGUACAGAUGGUUCUUCCGAAUUCAAAGGUUUCAAAGGAAAAAUAACGGUAGUGAAAGAAUGGGAAUCCAGUAAAUGUUGGGAUUACAACAACAUUAUCAACGAAACAAGGGGGAGCAUUUCCAGCCCCAAGUACCCAUUAAAAUACAUUCCAGGUCAGUGUAUAAAGUGGCACCUUGUUGUUCCUAAAGGAUUUCGAGUCAAACUCACCUUUAAGGAUUUUGAUCUGGAUAAUGCUCGUACCAGUGAUAACGACUGCAAAAAGGACUAUGUAGAAAUAAGAGAUGGGAAGCUGGGUGAUUACGGUGAGUUGCUUGGUCGGUUCUGUGGUAGUACCAUUCCAGGGAAGAUCUUCUCCUUAUCCAAUCAGAUGUAUGUAUCGUUCGUGAGUGACAACAAUGGAAAGACAAUGCACAAGGGCUUCAAUGCGCACUUUCAGAUGGAUGGUAACCAUAGCUCCCAUUCGCCCUCCCAUGCAGGUAACUUUUUAUCAAAAAAUAUCAAAUAA